AAAAAAACAUAGCCAAAACAAAUUUGAGUUUAGUGAACAGCCCAUCUAAUGAACAUCUUCUUAAGCCUUGAACCCUAGAUUUAACAAGUAACAACUAAUAACCAAAGAUUCAAGCCUAAAGAUGAGCGAUGAAAUUUGAAAAGUAAUAAACACCUGUGGAUGUCACUGAAGAUCAAAAUAAGAUGAUGGCUUCGAGUUUGGGUUCAGAUUCUUCCACUUCCUCCGACGUUCCCCAAUUUCAUCACACCCCUUCUUACUGCGAAGAAAAUGUGUAUUUGCUCUGCAAGAAACUAUGUGCAGAUAAAGUAGCUGAUGUAUCAGAUCUCUUUGUUGUCUUCAUUUCCAAUGAGAAUAAACAUGUUCCAUUGUGGCAUCAGAAAGCUAGCCAUAGAGCUGAUGGGGUAAUUCUAUGGGAUUACCAUGUAAUUUGCAUUCAGAGAAGAAAAGAAGGAAAGUCCAUGGAUUUAGUAUGGGAUUUGGAUUCAUCUCUUCCAUUUCCAUCAACUCUAUCAUCAUAUAUAUCAGAGAGUAUAAGGCCAUCUUUCGAGCUAUUUUCUGAAUUUCAGAGGGUUUUCCGUAUAGUCCAUGCUCCUAUAUUUCUCCGUUAUUUUGCCUCUGAUAGAAGACACAUGAAGGAUUCUCAAGGAAACUGGAUGGCUAAUCCACCUGAAUAUGAAGUCAUAGUAGCUGAAGAUGGAAAUGUGCACAACCUAAAUGAGUACAUUGAAAUGUCAACAAAAGAUGUGUUGAAAGAUUUAGGUGAAGACAAGAUUCAUGCGGUUUUUACCAAGCAAUUUGGGUUAUUAGUAGGGAAUAGCAACGUACUUUACUCUUGCUACCAAUGUGGACAAUAUUUCCUUUUUACCCAUAAUAGCAACAUAUUUACUUCAACCCCAACAGAUCUUGCAUUUGCUCCACCACUACAACGACCUCCUCCCACUCUUUUCGCUUCCGUUCUUCCUCUGCUAUGA